AUGGUGAACUACGGAGGAGACGAGAUUUCCGCGCUGGUGGUUGACAUCGGCUCGUCCUCUGUGCGAGCGGGCUAUGCGGGGGACGACACUCCCAAAGCCUUCGUUCCUACUACCUAUGGCUUUAUCGAGGAGCCUUCUUCGCCAGAAGAUGACAUCGAGAUGGCAGACGUAUACGGCGUGGAGAAGCUCCCACCCCAGAAGAAGCUCAAUCUCUUCAUCGGCCAGAACGGCCCCUCGAUAUGGCGGGAGGGCAUGCAGGCGGGGAAUCCCGUGCAAAACGGCUUGAUCCACGAUUUCAACCCAAUACCCCCACUCAUCUCGCACGCGCUCGUGGACAUGAUGCGCUGCAACCCCGAAGAGCACCCCGUGCUCGUGACAGAGCCGGCGUGGAACACCAAGGAGAACCGCGAGCGUAUGGCGGAGAUCAUGUUCGAAGAGUUCCACGUCCCGGCGUUCUACAUCGCGAACACGAGCGUGCUGAACGCUUUUGCCGCAGGAAAGGGCUCCGCCCUCGUGAUCGACGUUGGACAAUCCACCGCAAGCGUCACACCCGUUGUAGACGGCUUCGUCCUCCGCAAAGGUUUGAUGUACUCCGCUCUCCCCCAAUUAGUACACGCUCAUGCGAAGCAUCUGCUCGUCACACCAAGCUCGAGACGCGCUGGAAUCCAGCUCAUCCCACACCAGCUCAUCGCAAGCAAACAGCCAGUAGACGCAGGGGUGCCGCCGCGGUUCGAGCUGCGGCAAGACCGCAUAGCGGGCACGACGGAGAGCUGGAGAACGUGGGCCGAGUCGCGCGAGGUGGACGAGUGGAUCCAGAGUGUCGCGGGUAUCCUUGAUCAAGGUUGGAACGAACAGGCUGCAACCCAGCGGGGUCCACGACACUACGAAUUCCCGACGGGCUACAACUAUCAUUUCAGCUCCCUUGAGCGGUCCAUGGUCGGCGAGCAGCUGUUCAGCCACUCCCCUCAGAUGAUCGCUACGAAUCCGAACCUCCCGAAAACAAUUCCCGCGCUAAUCAGCGCCUCGCUCAGCGCCUGCGACGUCGACCUGCGACAAGUGCUCAUGGGUAACGUCGUGCUCACGGGCGGGGGCAGCCUUUUCUCCGGCUUCGCGGAUCGACUGCACAACGAGCUCACGCGAAACUUCCCACACGUAAAAAUCCACGCACCGGGCAACCCCACUGAGCGCAGAUAUGGCGCAUGGCUCGGCGGGAGCAUCCUUGCGAGUCUGGGGACGUUCCACCAGUUGUGGAUCAGCAGGGAGGAAUGGCAGGAACAUGGAAAGUCCAUCGUUGAGCAGAGGUGUAAGUAA